AAGCAAAAGGGCGGCCGAUGUGGGACGACACGAGUCAAUCACGUUCGAGAUCAUCGGAUUCAAACCAAAUGCUUUUGAACCGCGUCGCCUUUCCGAGCAGGCGGUGCUGCGUCCAGUCAUAUCAGCCCCCACCUCCCAAAUUGAACGAAAAAUCGAAAAUCCUCAAACAAUAAUCUUUUCAUCAUCCUCUUCGUCCUGCCUUUGUGCCUACGCCUCCCAAAGCCAGCUCCUCCACAAACUUUUCCUCCUCCUUCCUUCCUUCCUUCCUCCGCCUCCUCCUCCACCAUUUCGUCUCUCCGCCAUUUUGCUUCGAUCGCACGUCAGCCCCCGCGUGGUGAACUGUCAAAACACACGAUUUGCCGGACCUGCUCGGUCAUUUCCCCGCGCUUCCUGCGAUCUUCGAUGGCGAAUUGCGAUGCCAAUUUCGAUCUCUCCGCCAAGCGGAGAUCGCCUCCGUUCAACCGGUCGGUCACCAUGCGCGCGGAGCCCGCGGAGAAGCCCUGCGGCGGUAAGCCCUCUUUCGAGCGAGCUGGUUCCGUCAAGAGCAUCUACAGCUCGAUCGAAUCGUUCAUGCCCACCGGCGAUUCCAUCAAAGGUAAGGUCCGGAGGCUCCGCAGCUUGUUCGAAUCCGCCAAGCCCCCGUCUCGGGGGGGCGCGGAUGAGGCCCAGACCGUGGCUGCUCAUGCCCCUUCCAAGCUGAAACCCGCGAAGUCGGUCGAUUGUGGGUAUGAUCACGGCUGCUCGUUUAGGUUGCCGGGCACGGAGGAUAGGAUCGUGGUGUAUUUCACCAGUUUGCGUGGAGUUCGGAGGACGUUCGAGGAUUGUUACGCGGUGAGGAUGAUAUUAAGGGGAUUCAGGGUUUGGGUCGACGAGAGGGAUGUGUCGAUGGACUCGGCGUAUAGGAAGGAGCUGCUGAGCGUGUUGGGGGAGAAAAAUGUUAGCUUGCCGCAGGUUUUCGUUGGGGGCAAGUACGUGGGCGGAGUUGAUGUGAUCAAGCAGCUUUAUGAAGUCGGCGAAUUGGGGAAAAUUCUCGAGCGGUUUCCGAAACGGGCGCCUGGGUUCGUGUGCGAUUGUUGUGGGGAUGCGAGGUUUGUCCCGUGCACGAAUUGCAGCGGAAGUAGGAAGGUGUUCGAUGAAGAUGAAGGGGCAUUGAAGAGGUGUUUGGAGUGCAAUGAGAAUGGGUUGAUUCGUUGCCCCGAUUGCUGUUCUUGAAGGGUCAAAGAAGUUUCCGCACUGUUUUUCUGCAAAUAUUCAAUGCUGAUUUCUCCAUUAAGACUGGCUACUGUUGAGUCAGUCACAAUGUGGACAUGUCUUUGGAUUUGGGAUGUGAAUCCACAUAGGGUUCAUGUUGGGUUUUCUUUGUUAACUAAUAUUUAGUUGGGAUUGGUGUUCAUCAUCUCUCUGGACAGGGGUCAAGGGGGAUUGUACGUACUACUUAUAUAGUGAAGACAACAACUGUCUUCUUCAUCAGAAUGUAAAUAUGUAGUCCAUAACAUGGACAAGGAUGCAAAUAUUGUCACGGAUGGUUGUCGAGAAAAGAGGUUUAUUGAUCCUCAAAUUCUCAAUGAUUGACUGCCGGGAAGGGGCAUUUCCUGGUAACCUUGUUUUCGUUAAAGCUCAUGCUUUGAGUUCUUGAUUUA